CCGGACUUCUGGAGGGAUUUUUGUUAUCACGGUAAUUUGAUAACGAAGAAGAAGUAGAAAAGGGGAGAAACCCCCCCUCCCUCCCCCCCACCCCCCGCUUUCCCAAUGGUGGGUUUAGGCGAGUCAAAGUUGGCUGUUUUUCAUCCGCCGUCGACCGUUUUCAGUCAGUAAAUCAUGGAAAGGUGCCUGGCGAAUCCCGUCCUCCUGCUGGUCCUCGUCGCCUUGCCGCCGAGCCCCCUGCAGGCGUGGACGUCCGGCCCGGCCAACGGCGACCGGACGCCGGGGACGCCGGGAGACGCGUCGACCGUCCGGGGGGAACUCAGCAGGCCCACCGCGCCGCAGCAAGUCCUCACCUCGGACCCCGGGACGCCAGAGUCCCCCGCCGCGGGACGCGUUCCGACCGGGCGGGCCGAGCCCACUUCAGCAGGAGCCACCACCUCCGCCUCCUCCACCGCCUCCUCCACCUCCUCCACCGCUGCAGCUGCAGACACGGCCACUGAGCAGACACAGACACAGACACUCACGGAAACAAGCAGCUGGUCAUUUGAGAGGACCACAGAAAGGUCCACAGAGGUAUACACUGUUUUAGCCACCACUGAGUCCAGUGGAACUGCCUGGGAAGACCUAUCCAUCCCGGACCAGCUGCUUAAUGUCUCGUCUGCCCUCUCGUUGGAGCCGAGGCCUUGGACAGUGAUGGAGGAGGCCAGGCUGGCCCAGGACAACACCGAGAGUGGCCUCCGACCAGAGGACGUCACAAGCUUGAGCUCUGGAACAUCCCGAGGGGUCGCUAUCAACACUGAUAGCACCUAUAUCUCCACCACCAUCAACCGAGCUGGAGAGAGGACCCUUCUCUCUGUCACCUCCUCUAACAACAGCACCUCCUCUGUGUUUACAGAGGACUCCAACUCCCGCCAGCCUCCUUCAACGGGACUUUCCUCAGUCAGGGGUACAGAGUCUGAGGAUUAUACUGAUAGUGCCCUGUCCACUAGGACGAACGAUGGGGACACAACACAUUUAGACCACCAUCUCACUAGCUCUUUUAGGGGGACAUUUUCAGAGACAGAGAGUCCAGAGUCAUCUAAGUCGACCUAUUUUUGGAUGGAAGAACGUAAUACUACUCAGCAUCAUCUCACCUCCAUUUCUGAGGAAACUCCUAACUCUACCCCGCCUCUCAGAGUGAUUGGAAAAGAUGAAAGCAGUCCUAGCACUGACCAAUUGGAGGUGUCAGUUUCAUCAACGCUUCCUGUUAUUUCAUCCGAGGGUAGUACCGCCAAUAUCUCUUGGACAGAGCAAGGACACACUUCAGGUUCCAGCACAGGCACCUUCACCGAGUCUUCCUCAGGUGUCCAGACCUCCAGUAGUCAGAACCAGGGACUAACAGAGAAAGUUUCAUCCCAGACCAGAGAGGAGAGCCUGGGCACGGGUCUUACCAAAGUACCCCCUACAAUUAGCACCAGUGUGACUGCCCUGGAUGAAUCUUUGGCUAGGUUCCUGUCUGACCAGCCUCCCUUCAUCCCUCAGACAGAAAGACCAGUGCUGGCCACUGAGAUCUUCCUCACCACCACUCCUGUGACCGUUACACAUAGCUCACAGGUAACAGAAGAAGAAGAGACUCAUACAGCCAGUACAACCACCAGCACUACUGCCACCUCUUCUCAAGGCACCGCCCUGCUUCCCCAGUCAAGCAGCAGUGGCAGCCCUACCACGGAAGCACCCACCCAGCCUACCACCCAGCGCACUACCCCCUCCACCACUACCUUUACUCUCGCCCAGCAGACCUCUACAGCAGCGACCCCUCAGCCGCCCCCCCUGCCCCCCAGCCAGACCCAAGGGCCCACAACAGGAGCAGCCGACCCCACAAAUGUCACCACCUUGAAGGUAGAGACCAGCACAGCCACCUCACGGAACACUGCGACCAACAGCAGGCCUACCACCACCUCAUACAGCAGCACCACCAGAAGCACAGAGGCACCUCACACCAUAGGAAAGCAGACUGAUAGGGGUACCACAGCCAGCAUAGUGACAACAGCACCCAUGGAAGUUCAGUCCACAAAGGCACUUUCAGGGAACCCUUGUGCACCGAACCCCUGCGUGAACGGCGGGAUGUGCGUGAGCUCCGGAGGGCGUGGAUUCACCUGCCAGUGUGGGAAGGCCUGGACGGGGCCCACCUGCAGUCAGGAUGUUGACGAGUGCGGAGGGCCCGUGUGUCCCUCGAGCGCCCGUUGCGUGAACACGCAAGGGUCCUUCAGCUGUGAGUGUCCGCUGGGCUUUGAGUUGGAGGGCAGACACGCCUGCACCCGAGCAAAGACCUUUUUGGGAACGUUCACCGUCACCAGACAGCCACGAGACCCUGUCCUCUACCAGGGUGCCUCCAUGCAUGAGAUUCAGAGGGAGAUUAUCCAGCUGCUGAACGUGUCCCUAUUAAUCCUACGUGGGUACAGACGGUCAACUUUGAGUAAGAAAGAGGGGGACGGGGCGCUCAUCACUGCUGUCAACACGUUUUACAUCUCCACCAACGUGACCAGCGCUGAGGUUUUCAACAGCAUCCAGAUGUCCCUCAGCAACUGCAGCACCGCAGCCGCCCACUGCAGGGUGCUCCUGCACCAUCGGCUCUCGUACCACGUGGAGAGCUUGUGCGUGGCCCAGAAGACACAGUGCGACACUGAGCGCUCCACCUGCACGGACAGCGGCGGCACGGCCUACUGCCAGUGCCUGCCCGGUUACUACAAACACAACCCCGAUGACCUCUCCUGCAUCGAAUGUGGGGAUGGCUAUAAGCUGGAAAACGGCACCUGUGUACAGUGCAUGUUUGGAUUUGGAGGGUUCAACUGCGGAAAUUUUUACAAACUGAUUGCGGUGGUGGUGUCGCCUGCAGGGGGCGCCCUGCUCCUCAUCCUCUUCAUCGCUCUCAUCGUCACCUGCUGCAGGAAAGACAAGAACGACAUCAACAAGAUCAUCUUCAAGAGCGGAGAUCUGCAGAUGUCUCCGUACGCCGACUUCCCCAAGAGCAACCGGGUGUCCAUGGAGUGGGGCCGAGAAACCAUUGAGAUGCAGGAGAACGGCAGCACGAAGAACCUGCUGCAAAUGACCGACAUCUACUAUUCGCCUGCGUUGCGCAAUUCGGAUUUGGAGAGGAACGGGCUGUACCCGUUCACCGGUCUGCCAGGCUCACGUCACUCGUGCAUCUACCCGGCCCAGUGGAACCCGUCCUUCAUCAGCGACGAUUCUCGAAGGAGGGACUACUUUUAAUCGCCCGCCGCGCCACCUUCCGGCCUCCCCCACCCGAAAACAUGCACUGACGCGCCGACACGUGCCCACUCCGAAGCGGACCUUGCUGCCGGGGUCCACUUGCAGCGGCCAUGUUUGCUAUGCAGCCCACCCACCUUGUUUGUGUUUGCGUUGAAUGUCCGGCUGCACUUCGCGGGGGGGCCUACUGCGCUAGCUCCAUCAGGUUGCACUCUCUCUUGUCUUUUAUGUGAACGAGACGUGAGUGUGUGUUGUGUUUGCACACACGUGUGUGUGUGUGUGUUUGUGUGUAUGUGAGCCAGUGGCGGCUGGGGCUGAAAACUUUUGGGGGGGGGCACAAUUUACCUUGGCACAGCACACCUGACAGCUGCUUUAAUGUCCACACAGUCACAGAGUUAUUAAGAAGGACAAUGUAGCCUAUAGCGUUUAUCAGGGUUGGUAGACGGCGGAUGAUUGACAGUCGAGGUGGGCGUGAGCAUGAUCGACAGCCACGAGAAUCGUCCAGUCACAUUAGCUCAAGAAACAUUAACACAAUACCAAUUCGUCGCCAAUAGAAGCGGGCGUGUCUGGGGCAGCACAGAACCGCGCCCCACCCGAAGAAACCGGACAGCAGCCUCAGGUCACCCGCUCGCCACAAGUCUGGAAGUGCCGCGGCCGGGACGCGAACCCGUAUCGCCCGCACCGCAGGAGGCGUCGCUAACCGCUGGACUAAAGGGUCAGACCCGCCAGCCAGCGGCCGGCGUGUCUUCUUAUCCAUGCACGUUACACUGUGCUCAGACACAAACCAACCAAACACCAUCUGGACCCAAUAUUUAAUGGCUGCCGACAGACAGAAAAACACUUAAUCCGUAAUUAUUUACAUUAUAGUGAACUUGUUUAAGUAGAUUUUCACCUCUUGCUAUUUGAAGGCGGGAGGGGCGGGGGGCGGCGCCCCUGCGCCCUCUACUGGCCAGCCGCCGCUGAUGCGAGAGCGUGAGCGCGUGGGCUUGCGCGCGCUCACACGCAAAUGAGAUGCAAAUGAGUUUCUGGAUCGGCCGGAGCCCUGCGCUGCUGUGAUACGCCCGGCCGACCAGCCAGCCCACGGCUGAGCGUCCUUCACUGCUCGCAGAGGGGGGAGGGGGCGGGGCGAGUUAAAGGAGCAAGAAACGAUUUGAAACCACUGAAGAAGUCUAACGUACCAAACGUUUCGGAUGCCCGUGGCAGAUGCUGAAUGUGUGUUUUAUUUUUUAAAAUCUGCCCGUUGCGUUAAUUUAUUUCUUUCGUUAAACUCCGACAUGUAGCAUAAAGGAUGUCUCGCGUGCGCGCGGAGAGGAGAAACGCGCGGCUCAACGUUGUGCGCUUGUGCGCAUGCGUGCUUGUAAGGUGUGUUUUUGUUGUUGUUGUAUGCGCACGCGAAGGAUGUAACGCGUAAUCUGUGCCAGAAGUAUGACGUCACAUCGAGCGAUUGUAUAUAAAGGUGUAUCAUAUUUAGUUUGCUGGGGUUUUUUUUGUUUUUUGAGAAUAAAUAUUUUAUGUAACUAUUUUGUUCUUGUAUGAAUGCCAUGUUAAUUCUGACGUUUUAGUCAGACAUGCGUAAAUAAAACUCUUUGCACUGAG